AUGACGACCAUCCAAAGGGACUUCUACGACAGCUGCACCAUCGAGGUGGUCAUGCCUAUCACUAUCGAAUCUGAGUCCCGAAGUCCCUACCAAGCACCAAGGACUUCACUCACAAUAGGAUCGAGCAGGCUAUUCGCAAUGGCGAAUAGCCCACAGGCUUCUGCGCUGCGACACUUCAAGCAGCUACCCGACUACGUGCGGAAAGCCUCUCGUGUGGGCGUACAGCUCGUAGCUAUUCACGACAGGGCGUUCGACAACCCGCAGCCUGCUCAUUUCGAUCACUUCGCCAUGCUCUUCUACGCCCUUAUUACUCUCCUGGCCACUGGAAACGUUCAGGCACUAAACGUGCAGCUCCACCUGAAAAUUGCCGACCGACUUCUCCAUGUUGUCUCAGUUGAAACCUUCUCAGCUGACACCGCGAAGACACUGUUAUACCCCAUAUCACUUCUGCCGUCGAAGAUAGAGGUCAACGUGCUUAGUGUGGACCUGAGCGUCCAGCACGAUCUCAACAUGGUCAGACAGCACCACGACAAAGUGCGUCUCGACCUCGUGGAAUGGGUUGACUACGUCGACGAUAUAAAUGCGCUCGUCAAGCGCACAGGAGUCGCCCCGAACGGCAUACGAUGCCUUGUCGAAACUAUCUCGGAUACUGAAAGUGGCGCAAUUGCAGACGUCAAGAAGCCGCUAAACUACGCUCAUUUUGCCGCCGGCAUGAAGUUGGUACGGCUUCACUUGCAGCAGCCUCAGGUCCGUCGGCUGGUAGAGAAGGCUAGGGAGAUCGAGGCACAAGAUGGCAUUCCAGAUGAUACGGGAUGA